CGCUUCUGUCUUCUAGAAAUUGACGGCCAUUCCAACUAAGUCUAAAGACCAUUUCACUAGUUGGACUAACCUACCUGAUAAUAGAAAUGUUGUUUCAGAACGUAGGCAAGCCUAGCUUCCUGCAAAAUUUGAUAGAUCUGGUUUGAGAGUUUGUAAUUUAAACUAAGCUUAAAGACCAUUUCGUGCUUCUUGGAUGGAGAAAUGUCGAACUCAAAUCACUUCCGACUAUUUUGUACAGGUUUUAUUUUGCUCAGAAGCUAAGCUUGAAGGCUCACUGGCAGUAUUUUUAGGCACACUACCACACAUUUAAUCAAUGGCGGCCGUGGGUGGAGGUGGAGCUGACUUGAUAAAGUGGGAAAAACAAGGAGGAACUGUUAUGCAGAAAACAGCAACGAACGGUCGAAUAAGGCGAACAUAUAUUGCUCCCACAGGGGAGAAAUUUUACAGCUGGAAGGACUGCGUGAAAUACUUGGCAUCGGGCAGGGAUUCUGAUAGUUCCGAGGAGAUGGGCCGAAAGAGACCCAGAAAGGAAGAAGGUCAAAAGCAAGCCGAUGUGGUUGAGGUUCAAGAUGAGGGUGAACCUAACCGAGCUAGAAAACGGCCCAAACGGGCAGCCACAGUAAUGAAUUACAAGGAAAAAAGGCUUUGUCUGGACGGGAAAGAGUCCAUGAUUGAAGCCAAGGAAGAAGUAACUGUAGAGGAGGAGGAGCUUGCCAUUAGCUUAACAGUGAAUGAACAACACCAGGAAGAAAUGCCUCCACAACGGCGCUUGGUAGAUUUUAUAAUCCAUGAUUCUCAAGGUGCCUCUCAGCCAAUAGAAAUGGUGUAUGCUAUGGAUCUUUAUAUUUCUGGAUCAAUUUUGCCAAAGGAAGGUUUAUUGGAUAAAUCAAAAGGGGUUCGAUGUGAGGGGUUUGGGGUUGUGGAAACAUGGUCCAUAACAGGGUAUGAAAAUGGGUCUCCUGUUAUAUGGCUUCAAACAGAGGUAGCAGAAUAUGUGUGUGUAAAGCCUGCUGGCUCAUAUAAGAAGUUCUUCGGUAUUCUAAAUGAAAAGGCAAUGCUUUGCGUUGAGGUCUACAAGGCUCUGUCCAAGCCCGACGGAGGUAAUCCUGAAUUAGGAUUGGAUGAAUUGGUGGCACGUGUCACACGAUCCAUGUCUUCUAAUAAGAGCUAUCAGGGAAGGUUUUGGGGGAGAGAUUUCAUUGUUUCUCAGGGGGAUUUAAUUGUAAAACAGUUAACUGGUUUGGACAGCAGUUCUGAAGACGGUGAUCAGAUUUUUACUGGUUUGCCUGCUCUUGUAGCUCUGGAGCAGGAAUGUCUUGAAUCAAAACGUAUGGGGUCUGUGGGUAUAAAAAUUAACGAGAGCUCCGCUAGUAAUACUGCUGGUGUUGGUGCUUCGUCUGUCUAUGAUGAGGAUGAGAAGCUUGCAAGAUUGAUACAAGAGGAGAAUGAUUGGGAGGCUGCAAGACCAAGUCGAAAACCCCAAGGCAAGAAGAAGUUCUACGUGAAAAUUAAUGAGGAUGAAAUUGCAAAUGAUUAUCCGUUACCUGCAUUUUAUAAGGCCACUGAAGAUGAAAUGGAUGAGUAUCUUUUUUAUGAUGAUUCAUGUAUAUUAGAUCCGGAAGAUCUACCUCGCAGAAUGUUGCAUGAUUGGUCUUUAUAUAAUUCCGAUUCCAGGCUUGUUCCGCUCGAACUUCUUCCAAUGCUUGGUGGUACUGAGACAGAUACUGCAGUAUUUGGCUCAGGUAUCAUGACAGAAGAUGAUGGUAGUGGCUAUUGUUUGGAUGCUGACUCUGGAGGGGGUAAGAAUUCUAACGACAACGAGCCACAUGGAAUUCGCAUAUAUUUAAGUGCUAUCAAGGAAUGGAUGAUAGAAUUUGGAGCAAAUAUGCUCUUCAUAUCAAUUCGCACCGAUGGUGCUUGGUAUAGGCUUGGGAAGCCUUCUAAGCAGUAUUCACCGUGGUAUAAACCUGUGCUAAAAACUGCCAGGCUUGCAAUCAAAAUAAUAGUAAUGCUGAAGGAGCAGAGUCGUGUUUCAAAGCUGUCUUUCUCAGACGUGAUUAGGAAGCUGGCGAGCCAAGAUACGACUGAGCUAUCUUUUAUCUCACCCAAUCUGGAUGCUGUAGAAAGGUAUGUUGUUGUUCACGGUCAAAUUAUUUUGCAGCAAUUUGCAGAGUAUCCAGAUGAACGCAUACAAAGGAGUGCCUUUGUGACAGGCCUUUCAACAAAGAUGGAACAAAGACAUCAUACAAAACUGUUUCUGACAAAGAAGGGAGUCAUAGUCAAAGAAAAGAAUUUGAAUCCUAGGGCUAGUGCACGGCUUGAAAUUAUCAGCAAGCAAGCAAUGCGUGCAACCACCACAAAGCUAAUAAAUCGCAUCUGGAGUGAGUACUAUUCAAGUUCUGCGUCUGAUGAAAUAAAGGAGGUAAAUGGUGAGAAUGGUGAGAAAGAUGAGGAAGACCAGGAUCAGGAAGACAGUGAGGAUGAGGAAGAGACUGAUUUGAUUGUGGUGGAUAAAACUGAACUCUCCCCUGUUAUUAGAACAGGGAGAGGCAGAUCAAGUAGCAAAGAUAUAAAAUGGGUGGGCCAAUCUGUUGGUAAAACUUCAUCUGGGGAACCCCUGUAUAAAAUGGUUUCUGCUGAUGGAGAUAUCGCUGUGGGAAGUGCAGUUCUGGUGUAUGCAAAAGGUCAGAACCAGAACUCUGAGGCCCUUCCCACUAUUCUUUUUGUUGAAUAUAUGUACGAGAAAUCUAAUGGCACAAAAAUGAUUCAUGGAAGAGUUCUUCAGAGAGGCAGUGAAACUCUGUUAGGAAAUGCAGCUAAUCCACGAGAAGUCUUUUUGACUCACCAAUGCCUUCAAGUUGAUGUGAAGGAUGUUAAAGAGACAAUAGUAGUAGAGAUCAGAUUGCGAUCUUGGGGCUAUCAAUAUAGGAAGGAAAAUUUGAUUGCAGAUGAAGCUGACAGAGCACGAGCAAUAGAGAUGGAAAGGAAGAAACUGCCUGUUGAAUACUUCUGCAAGUCUCUAUAUGCACCUAACUGUGGUGCCUUCCUUUCUCUUCCUUAUGAUACCUUAGGUUUGGGAAAUGGCCAGUGUCAGUCUUGUAAAAUAAGAGAAGAUGAGAAGCAGAAUUCAGAACUCUACAUGCUUCAAAAUAAUGAUGGAUUUAAAUAUGAAGGUAUGGAGUACUACCUGCAUGAUUUUAUUUAUGUUGAUCCAGAACAGUUUGCUGCUGUUGGAGAUGAAAAGGAACCUCUAGAAAAGUUCAAAGCAAGUGGGAAUAGGGGUCUUAGACCCUAUGCUGUUUGCCAGAUUUUGGAGAUCAAAAGUUCAUGUGGCUUAAGGAAGUCUGAUUCCAAGCCCACAAAGAUAAAAGCUCGAAGAUUUUUUCGCCCAGACGAUGUUGGGCUUGAAAAGGCCUACACUGCUGACAUAAGGGAGGUUUAUUAUAGUGAUGAAUCUGUAAUUGUAGAAGUAGAUGCGAUAAGAGGAAAAUGUGUUGUCAUGAGACAACAAUAUUUCUCUCCUAUGCCUGGCAAUGUUAUCGUUGAACAUAUAUUUUUCUGUAGUUGCAUCUAUGAUCCAAUUAAGGGUGCCCUGAAGCAGCUACCUGCAAGUAUCAAGUUAAGCCCUUCAAAAAGCACAGGAAACCAAAAAGGCAAGUUUCUUGUUGAUGAAGCUGAAAAUGCCAAGAGGAAAGGAAAAGCAGUUUCAGGAGAUCAGCCAGCAGAGAAGACAUCAGAGACAUCUAAUGAUUGUCGCUUGUCAACACUGGACAUAUUUGCUGGCUGUGGUGGUUUGUCAGAAGGAUUGGAGAAAUCAGGAGCUAGCUUUACCAAAUGGGCCAUCGAAUAUGAAGAGCCUGCUGCAGAGGCUUUCAAGCUUAAUCAUCCAGAAGCUGAGGUUUUCUGCCAGAAUUGCAAUGUUGUAUUAAGGUCAAUCAUGGAAAAGGGAGGAGAUAUUGAUGAUUGCAUUUCAACAUCAGAGGCUAUUGAGCAAUCUUCAAAGCUAACUGAUGAGCAAAGAGAUAAAUUGCCUUUGCCAGGGCAAGUGGAUUUUAUUAAUGGCGGACCACCUUGCCAGGGCUUCUCCGGUAUGAAUAGAUUCAACCAGAGGACGUGGAGCAAAGUGCAAUGUGAGAUGAUUUUAGCUUUCCUCUCAUAUGCCGACUAUUUUCGGCCAAAAUUCUUUUUAUUGGAAAAUGUCAGGAAUUUUGUAUCCUUCAAUAAAGGGCAGACAUUUCGGCUCACUCUGGCAUCUCUAUUGGAGAUGGGGUACCAGGUGCGAUUUGGGGUUCUUCAAGCAGGAAAUUAUGGGGUUUCUCAAUCCCGCAAAAGGGCUUUUAUUUGGGCAGCUUCACCUGAUGAAUCUCUUCCAGAAUGGCCAGAGCCAAUGCAUGUUUUUGGUUGCUCACAGAUUAAGAUAUCAUUGCCUGGAGGUUUGCAAUAUGCUGCUGUCAAAGAUGUAGCAGUAGGUGCUCCUUUCCGCUCUAUAACAGUGAGAGAUACAAUUGGUGACUUGCCACCUGUUGGCAAUGGUGCAGACAAAUUGGAAAUAACAUAUGGGAAUGCUCCAGUCUCUUGGUUUCAAAAGCAGAUUCGUAGUGUGGAAGUUGUUCUCUACGACCAUAUUUCUAAAGAAAUGAAUGAGUUGAAUCUAAUUCGUUGCCAAAGAAUUCCGAAGUGCUGUCCAGGUGCUGAUUGGCGGAAUCUUCCAGAAGAAAAGGUUAAGUUGUCUACAGGGCAAAUGGUUGAUCUCAUUCCUUGGUGCCUCCCAAAUACUGCUAAACGGCACAAUCAAUGGAAAGGUCUAUUUGGAAGAUUGGAUUGGGAAGGAAACUUUCCCACAUCUAUUACAGAUCCACAGCCGAUGGGCAAAGUAGGCAUGUGCUUUCAUCCUGAUCAGGACCGUAUUGUCACCGUUAGGGAAUGUGCUCGUUCACAAGGUUUUCCGGACAGCUAUAAGUUUUGUGGCAGUAUACAUAGCAAGCAUCGUCAGAUUGGAAAUGCAGUUCCACCGCCAUUGGCGAUGGCUCUCGGCAAAAAACUAAAAGAAUUAAUAGAUUCCAAGAAAUAAUGGUGCUAAACUUGAAGUUUUCAGAGACAUGCAAGAUGAGUCCAUCUACCCGGGAUUUCUUGGUGCAGCAAAAAUUCAGCUAAAAUUUCUCCGUUUCUUUGUAAAUCAAGGGGAUAUGCAUUGACUAAUCCCCAAGAGUGUUCAUAAAUUUAGUUUUUACAGAUCCAGUUGGGUCAUUCAUUAUGAUUUUUUAUCUUAAUGGAAUGCCUAAAUACGGCAGUUCUGAGUAAAAUGACUGGAAUUAUUUUUUCCACUUUACUUGAGAGAUGUUUUUGGGGGCUUACUGAGCCUACGGCCACCUUAACAUACAUAUGAAUUGUAAAGGGUGGCUGAUUUCCAAGGGCAUCGUAUCCUUGAAAGGAGGUCGAGAUUAAAGAUCAGAUCUUACAUAAUUUUGUUUUA